CUACGGCAUUGUACUGGACGGGGGAAUUUAUUACAUGAUUACAGAGUGGCCAGGAAAGGGAACGCUCUACGAAUACCUUAAGACAAACAGAAAUGUCCCCUGGACACAAAAGAUAAGAUGGGCAAGUCGAUUAGCAAGAGCUCUUGCCUUUUGUCACAACAAGCUCAUUCUGCACCAUGACAUUCGCAGUCAUAACGUGAUCGUGGAUAUGAACGACAACGUCAGGUUAGCAAACUAUCACCGUGCCAGAGGAAUGAAAGACAUUACGACUUCAGUUGCUGACGAGACUGAUGGUGUCAGAUGGUUAUGUCCCGAGAAGGUGAUGGACAGUAAUCUAUCCUACUCGAAGGAAGCCGAUGUAUACAGUUUCGGUAUGCUUAUGUGGGAAAUCUCUUCGCAUGAAAUUCCCUUUGUAGAUAAAACUGUUGGUGGAGUGUAUACUUUACUAAGGCAUUCAGCCAAUCUCGAAGACAAAGACGCGCCGCGUCCCCCAAUAGUUUCUGGUACACCCAAGAAAUACGGGAAAAUAAUGAAAAAAUGCUGGGGACAAAAACCAGGACAUCGUCCAACAAUGGCCGAAGUUGUGACUAAACUGGAACUACUCGAGGAGACGUACAAGGAAAAUCAACAAGAAGCAGAUAAUCAUCAUUAUUGCUCUAGUAUGCAAGAAUCCGAGCCGCAGCAUGAAUCAAUAACGAUCCA